AUGAGCAUCGAGGACCUUCGGAUCAAGUCCAACGGCGCCACGAUGAAUGGCUUAACUCAAGUCCCGACAUCAGUGACGCUUUCGGCGGAGCAGUUCGAACGGCUGUAUCUGAAUCCUAUGAUGCACCGUCGACAGCCUGAUCUCACAAAGAAGUUUGGUAACCCCACACCACUGGGUUUGGGAGCUUUCGUUUUAACGGCGACGCCCAUCGCGUGCUGCUUGAUGGGAUGGAGGGGCGCCACUGGAGUCGGUGCUGCGUUCAGCGGAGUUUUGGUUCUGUUUGGUGGAGUGUUUCUGGUAUUUGCAGGUGUCAUGGAGUUUAUUCUUGGCAACACGUUCUCCGGCGCUGUAUUCUGUCACCUCGGUGCUUUCUGCCUCGCUUUAGGGGCUACCUUGACUCCUGCUUUCAACGCUGCCGCCCCGUACUCGGCCGAUGGCACAAAUACACUCCAGGGUCUCCAUAGUCCCGAAUUCUUAACCACAUUUGCGUUCUUCUUCGUUUUCAUGGCCUUAUUGAUGUUCAUAUACAUCAUCUGCGCCUUACGCACCAAUGUGGUUUUCGUCCUCAUCUUUACCGGCCUGUUCCUCUACUUCUGUCUUUUUGCCGCCUCUUGGUGGCACUUGGCGGCUGGGAAUCUUGUCGUCGGCAACAGGUGUCAAGUGGGAAGUGGCGCAGCGCUAUUCGCGGCCUCAAUGCUAGGGUUUUAUCUCCUGGCUGCUCAGCUGUUUUCCUCGGUCGGUCUCCCAAUUACCCUGCCUGUUGGCGACCUUACAGAGCUAUGGAGUAGAGGCACUUCGAGGCGCGAGGCUUCGGAUUUGGAAGUUGGUGAGGAAUCCGGUAGCAAGUAA